AUCUCUUCUGUUUAAUUUCGACUUCCUGGCGUACGUUACGUUCAUAUAGGGCUCAACUUCAGGCUUGCGCACGCUGGCUGUGUCCCAAAACCCAGCUAGCUGCCCAAGUUACCUAGACGGCAUCACCGACGAGUGCGGCGUUUCUGAGUCACACCCGCUGCGUUUUGUGUUCAUUCAUUUUUUCGAAAAGAGAUCUUUUUCUUCACACAUGCUUACGUGUAUUUCCUCAUCGAUUUUCUGCUCUCGUUCAAUAGGUUUUUAUCCUUAAUCGCUUGUAAUUCCUAUUAAAUCACUUCUCGUGAAGUGAGUGGAUUUUUGAAGUGAUUCGCGCGGAUCUUGAGUUUUAACGGCAGUGGUUUACACCUGAGCGCGCGGUCGUGGGGCGCAGGUGAGAUGGAUGUGAAAUAUGCGCUCCAGCGCGUCGCGCUGAUUGGAUGAGAGUCCCGCCGGUUUGCUUUAACGAUUUACUGUGACGCGCGGAGGGGCCCGUUAAAUCAUCUCCCGGUCCCCACUGACACGAGAGAGAGAGAGAGAGAGAGAGCGAGAGCGAUUAACCCCUAUCUAAACCGGACCUAAAAGAGAACCAAACCUGCGCCGGGAUUAUAUUAUUUGAUCAGAUCUGCGGCCCUCUGCGGCCCCUCUUCAGCUCGGUGUCUCUCUCUGGACCGCCACAGAAUUGAUCACUCACUUAAAAUCCGAUUUAUAACCACUCAGGGACAAUGAUUUGGUUGGUCUUCACGUUUCUCUGUCUUUGCAUUUUAAGGAUGGGCGGCUACUCUUUAUCCGACACUCAGGCGGCGCUGCAGUCAGAUGUGGCGUGUUAUGACUGGGGUGUUUGUUCGGUGCGUGUGUAUGACGGCGAGGUGGCGCCGCUCUACUGUCCUCUCUUCUCUUAUCCAACGCUCUACAGCUACAGUCAGACUCAGAACAGCAGUCUCUCUCUACUGUGGUACAGACACAAAAACACAGACGAUCUGGAACAACCCAUCAACCUGAAGCUACACACACUGCACAAAGACAGAGAAUACCUCUGGAUCCAACCGGCCACAGCGGAGGACGCUGGACUGUACAUCUGUAUGCUACGGAACAUUUCGACGUGUGUGAAGAUCGGUGUGCAGCUGGAGGUCAUUCAGCGGGACGGAGACUGUGACAUCGGAGCUCGGCCUCAUUUAAACCUGUCUGUACCAAUCCAGAGCAAUCGAACCCUCAGCUGUCCCGACCUGCACACGCUCACACUGCCAAACAGCACAUACUCCGUCACCUGGUACCACAUGUGCAGCAAUGUUGUGUUUACAUCUCUAUCAUCAGUCGAGUUGAAGGGAGAUGAUGUUGUAAUCCACAUGAUGAUGGAGACUUUUGCGGGUCUCUACACAUGUGUGGUUUCAUAUCAGAUGAACGGACGCAAGCUCAAUUUCACACGCACAAUAAACAUCAAAGCUGUAGUUCCCAACGGUGGCAGUAAAGUUCCUGUGAUUCUAAACCCUGCAAAAGAUCAGAUUUACUCUGUGACUGUGGGGAAAAGAGCGACACUGUUCUGUCAGACGUAUCUGCCGUACCUGGAGCUAGAAAAACAGGAAGUUUGGUGGACCAUUGAUGGUAAAACCGUGGAGCAACUCGGCGACCCACGAUUCAGCUCACCUGAGGCCACGCUCGUGUCAGAAUAUCACGGGGAUGAAACCAAAGAGCGGCUCCUGUUCGUGGAUGAUUUCUCCUCUGAUGACCUGCUGAGGGAGUUGAACUGCUCGGCUAGAAACAGUAAAGGCUUCAACAGCAGCAGAGCUGAACUCAAGUUAGAAGCGUAUGUGCCCACAAUAGAGUUAGGCUGUGGGUUGGGUGUGACUCUUGCUCUCAUGUUGAUGAUGUUUGUCAUCUAUCACGUCUUCUGGCUGGAGCUUCUGUUGCUCUAUCGCUCCUGGUUCGGCUCUGAUGAGAGAUACACAGACGACAAGCAGUACGACGUGUACAUCUCAUAUGCACGAAACAGCGAAGAAGAGGAGUUUGUGCUGUCGACGCUGCGUCGGGUUCUAGAGACCGAGUUCGGUUACUCCGUGUGCGUUUUCGAUCGAGACAGUCUCCCUGGAGGAAAUCUGAUGGAAUCGGUGCUCAGGUGUAUGCAGGCGAGCCGAAGGCUACUGGUCGUCUUGAGUUCGGACUGUCUGUGUGAGAAGAGCGUCAGUCUGCUGGAGUGUCGGCUGUGUCUGUACCUGCAUCACACAUCUCGCACCCCGCUCGUCACCGUGAGGAGGCACGCGCUCCGAACCGCCUGCAGCGAGAUCGCGGAACUGCGGAGCGUCUCCACGUGCGUCCGCUGGCACGGAGCCCGGUCCGAGCGUCCCAACUCGCGCUUCUGGAAGCUCCUGCGAUUGGCUCUUCCUCUUCGACCCCUCGCGCUCGGGAAAAGACUGAUUGACAGCACUUCCUCACACUCGGAUCUGGCGUCCGUGGCCACGCGGCACCCGCAGCAGCAGGUUUCUCUCAGACACUCCCGUCGUAGUAAAGCCGUCGAGGACAGUCGAGGUCACGGGGGUCGGGUUGGCCUGAGACACCUGGGGGUACGACAGGCCAGGAGUGGGCGGGGCUGUGAGCAAAACGGGCGGGGCUGUGCGAUAUGCGUGAGCUUUCAAGAGAGCCGUCGAAUUUGGGGCGGGGUAAUCGCGCCACAGUGGAACACACACCUGCACCAGCCUGUGACAAAUGGAACGAUAGCUCACACACACAACACUGGUACUGAAACCGGAAAUAACCCCUGCAGUGACCUCUGCCCCUGUCAGCCCAUCAACAACCAUAGCAAUGAACUACAAACAACACACUGCUGACAAACACUACUGGACAAAAACUCUGGACUCACACACUCUGUGAAUGUUAUGAACAACACUUGAAUGAAAGGAAAUGUGUCUUCAAGACAUUUGUCACAUGCACAGUUGUAUACAAUAUAAUUGUUGUUGUAUAGGCUACUGUAUAUAACUAUGGUGACCAUAUUGUGUUGGCGACUGAAUUUUAGACCCUGAAGAAUGAGUAUGUAUAAGGUGGUAUGUAUUCAUAAGACAUUAAAUAAACAAAAUGAAAAAAAUCACCCCA